CAGAGUUCGUCACCGCGGACCGCUCCCUUCACGCUUCCUUGCAGCCCCGGCUCUGAGUCCAGCCCUCAGCCAUGGCGUGCCCCCUGGAUCAGGCCAUUAGCCUCCUCGUUGCCAUCUUCCACAAGUACUCCAGCAGGGAUGGUGACAAGAACACCCUGAGCAAGAGUGAGCUGAAGGAGCUGAUCCAGAAGGAGCUCACCAUUGGCCCUGAGCUGCAGGAUGCGGAAGUUGCAAAGCUGUUGGACGACCUGGACCAGAACAAGGACCAGGUGGUGAACUUCCAGGAAUAUGUCACCUUCCUGGGGGCUUUGGCGAUGAUAUACAAUGAAGUCCUUAAGGGCUGAAAAUAAAUUGGGAAGGUGGAGACACACUCUCGAGGGCCUGUCUGAGUCAAAUCCAGUGGUUGUUAAUUGUACAAUAAAUAUUUUCUUUUGGUCAAAUCUA